UGGGUAUGUUUCAAUUUUCCCGUUUUUGGAUUCUUUAACCAAUUUUCACAACUGGGUUUUUAUUAUUUAAUCGGAAAGUUUGCUUCUUUUUGAUAUUGUAAGAUUAUGUUGGUUUUGUGAUUAAUCGCCUGUUGAUUUGUGUAUGUUUUGACAUUUGUAAUUCUCAAAGUUUGGAUCUUUCAUUUGAUUGGAAAAUCUUGCAGUUACUUGAUGAAGAUGUCUGUCUUGCUAUUAUUAGAAAUGAAGUGUUUGUGUUGUUGAUUCAGAUUGGGUAUUGAAGCAAUGCGAAAUACCCAUUUUUUUAAUACAAUGAUUUGUUGUUUUGUUGAAAAUUUGGCUGAAGAAUUAGAGGAUGAUGUGAUCAGGAUACAAUACAUUGGGAUAUGUAUGAUAUAACUAAUUAAUCUUCAAUUGCAUUUGAAGAAGCAAAACCCAAAAUUCUGUUGUUGGUUUUGGGGUGAAUUGAAUUUGGUUUAUGAUUAGAGUAGAAGAUGGAGAAUUUACCUGUUGAAGUGAUUGGAAACAUACUGUCCCGCCUCGGGGCUGCUAGGGAAGUUGUGAUUGCAUCUGCAACGUGCCGGAAAUGGAGAGAGGCUUUUCGAAAGCACCUACAUUCUCUUUCAUUCAAUUCCAAUGAUUGGCCUGUUUUUCGCGAUUUGUUGACUAGCCGGCUAGAGAUUUUGAUUACACAGACAAUUUUCCAAACUACUGGCUUGCAAGGGCUUACAAUCUUGAUGGAUGAUGUUGAUGAGUUUUCGGCUUCAACAGUUAUUGCGUGGCUUAUGUAUACUAGGGAAAGUCUGAGAAGAUUGUAUUACAAUGUUAGGACUAGCCCGAACCUUAACAUUCUGGAUAUUUGUGGGAGACACAAACUGGAGAUGCUGUCUUUGGCACACAAUACAAUCAUAGGAGUUGAACCUAAUUAUCAAAGGUUUUCUUGCCUCACUUCGCUUUCCCUGAGUUAUGUCAGCAUUUCAGCAUUGGAUUUGAACCUUCUUACUACCGCUUGCCCAAAACUUGAGACCUUAUCCCUAAUUAAUCCCGAGAUUGCCAUGUCAGAUGCCCAAGUGAGUGUUGAAUUGAGCAGUCCAACGCUGAAGACUAUAUAUGUUGAAGCCAUUAGUUUGGACAAGUUCAUUUUGGAGGCUGACUCUCUCGAGGAUAUGCAUCUGAAAGAUUGUGCUCUGGAGCAGUUCGAGCUUAUUGGGAAGGGGACUUUAAAGCGUUUUCAAAUUGAUGAUGUUAGUGUUAUACAUCUUGAUAUUGGUGAAAUAGCUGAAAAUCUUGAAGUUAUUGAUGUCAGCAACUUCACAAUCAUUUGGCCAAAAUUUUAUCAUAUGAUCUCUAUGUCGUCAAAUUUGAGAGUACUUCGGCUUUGGGAUGUGGUGUUUGAUGAUGAGGAUGAUGUAGUUGAUUUGGAAACUAUAGCUAUUUGCUUCCCAUAUCUAAGCCAUCUUUCAUUAAGUAAUGACUUGAGGGACGGUGUGAUUCACUAUGGAUUGGAGGGUUCUUAUCAUCUGCACAAUGUAGCUGUACUAGAAGUUGGUUGGACUGUUAUCAGUGAUAUCUUCUCCCAUUGGGUUGAAGAGCUUUUGCAGAGAUGUCCCAACCUCGAAAAGUUGAUCAUUCAUGGGACUGUUUCCGAUGCCAAAACACCUGAAGAAUGCCAAAUGUUGGCAAAUUUUACUUCCUCCAUUGUUCGGCUGAUGCGGCAGUAUAUGCAUGUAGAUGUGUAUUUUGAAUAUGAGUAGGGGCAACAAUGUCUCUUUGUACACCCGAAAUUUUGGUUUGUCAAAAUUGUUGAUUGAUCACGUGUUACGUACUUCUGUGAAUGACAAGAAUGAGUUUUCCUUUUGUUGGAUAAGAUUGAGGCAUUGAGCAGGCAAGGCAUGUCUGCCUAUUUUUUGUACCUGUCGUUCAAUUUAUCAGCUUCCAUGUUUUAUUUGAUUCAAGAUA